GUAAGACCAGUGAAAACAAGACAACGAAGAAUUGGUCAAACGUCGAAUUGAAAAAUGAACUUCAUCACUGACUCAUAUCAUGGCGGAUGCCACGUCACCGUUCAACGUUUCGAUUCUCGAUAAUUCGACGAAGCUGAGCGAAAUGGUUGAAUCUGGUUGGAACGUAUUAGCGUCGACCAGUGUUCAGGCGUUCAACGAAGCAAUGGAUGUUCUUGAAGAGUCUUAUCCGUUGUGCAAAAAGAUGCUUGAUCACAACAAUUUAUUCCCUGAACGAGAUCCAAAUGAUACACGAAUUUGGUGUAAUGCCACGUAUGAUACAGUACUAUGUUGGCCGCCGACACCUGCAAAUUCAUCAGUCACAUUACAAUGUCCGCAUAUGAAAGGCCUAGACCCAAACAAAAACAUCACAAAGGACUGUCACGUGUCAGGAGUCUGGUCGGGACGAAAUGCUGGAGAGAUGGGGCCGACGUUACCCGGUUGGACGAACUUCACAAUGUGCUACACGGAUGAAGUCAUAUAUAUCAUGCAGAACUUGAACAACGAAUCGUUGACGAUAGCUCAAGAAGUAGCACGAAAUGCAAGGAAACUGGAAUUCGUGGGACUCGGACUGUCAUUAGUAUCUCUGAUAUUGGCGAUUUCAAUUUUUUCGUAUUUUCGGCGGCUUCGAGUAUUCCGAAAUCUGCUGCACUUACAUUUAAUGAUUGCAAUGCUUAUGGUUGUAAUACUUCGGCUGGUACUCUAUAUUGACUUAAUAUUCACUGGUGAAAAUGGUCCUCACACGAACUCAGCAGAAGGAAAAACGAUAAAUACUAUGCCAAUCGUUUGUGAAGGAAUGUUCUUCUUUUUGGAAUAUUUCAAAACCGUUACGUUUUGUUGGAUGUUCUUAGAAGGAAUUUAUUUGAAUAAUCAAAUUGUUUUUGGAUUUUUCAACUCGGAGCCAAAAUUGUUACCCUAUUUCAUUGCUGGAUACGGUAUCCCAUUGGUUCACACAAUGCUCUGGCUACUUGUGGUGCUCAUCAAAAAAGACUUCAAAGUGGAACGAUGCUUAGGAUCCUAUUAUUUAGAACCAGAAUUUUGGAUUCUAGAUGGUCCUAGGAUGGCAGAACUUGUGAUAAAUCUAUUCUUCAUCUGUAAUGUCAUUCGAGUGCUCUACAGUAAAGUUCGAGAAUCUAACAAUACGUCUGAAGCAGGUCUGAAAAAAUCGGUCAAAGCUGCAAUGAUGUUAUUGCCGCUGUUAGGUGUUCCGAAUAUAAUGCAAACAAUUCCGUUUGCACCAACUAGGGAUAAUAUUAUGGUAUUUGCUGUUUGGACGUACACCGCCUCUUUCACCUAUAUGUAUCAAGGACUUAUGGUUGCCAGUAUUUAUUGCUUUACGAACAAGGAGGUUAAUCACGUCCUCAAGACCUUCUAUGCUCGGUAUCGACUCCUCCAUAAAUCACAAAACGAACUUCGACGAGGAUCACGAAGCGUCGCAUCCCAUUAUGCUGCAAAAAAUGGAACAGCUAAUGCAAGUGCACCACAGACAAAUAACGCUGACGAGUUUGGAAAACUUUCUCCGUUCCCGUCAAGGAGUAAAAAAGGUAGCGAUGAUUCCACGACGAAGCUGAUGAAAGAUGCAGUGAUGGAAGAAGAAAAGAAUGCAAACAAUAAUGGAUACGGAUCGGCUGGUGAAAUGACACCUCUUCGUGAAGGAUCCAAUCGCUCCACAAAAUCUCCAUAAUCUCCGAGUAACUCCAUCAGAUUAUUUUAAAAUCAUUUUUUAUCAUUUUCCCCCCAAAUGUUCCUUAUUGAAAACGUUCCAAAUUGUUUAAUUGUUAAACAAAAAACCAUUAUUCUUCACGAUAACGGGAUUACCAUUCUUCAUUGUUGUCAAACCCACCGUGUCAAUCUCCGUCUCUCAUUUCUUGAUUCGAUUUUUUAAAAACAUUUUAUUCGACAUUGUUUGCAAAUUUGAAAAAAAUGAAACUUUCCUCUUGUAUAUUUCACAUAUUUUUUCCGCUUUUGAUAUUUUUGUUCUCAGUUGCCAAUUGUUGAUCAUUGCUUCAUCAGGCUUCUUUUUGUAGACUUCAUCUUGCCUAGAACAUGCUUUUUUUCUGCAUUCAUCGGAAAUUCUGAGAAUCUCAUUUUAAAACAAUCCAUAUGAACUGAAUUUAUCAUGUAUAAUAGUAUCCUCAUUGUUUUCCCCACCAUUUUCCCCUUUUAUCCCAGUGAUUAUCGUCAGAAAACAUUCGAGAAAUUGUUGCGCAUGAAUCGAAUAAAAACAAACUAAAACUGUGUAUCAGAUUAAUUAUUAUUCUAAAUAAAAAUUUUGGAUUUUA